UCUCCAUGAAGGCUGACAGCAGUGCAGGCUGACAGAAAAAGCUAAACUCACGCUGCUGGACAGACGUGGGGGAGUGCAGGCGUUGGCUGAACCUGCCAGAGGAGGUGUUCCAGGCUCCAUUGGGCUCCUUGGCCACAUCACAACUGAUGUCAGCGCUUAGUCUGUUGACUGGACAGCAGAGGGUGUAGAUGGGAAAGGUCAAUGAUAUGAAUGUAUCCUGACAUGGAAGGAAGGCAGUUUUUUGGUCCCGGUCAGAUGACAGCUGGAGAAUGUUGUUAUUAAAGAUUAGAAAUAUUGAGUGUUUUGUGCCGGCUGGUUUAAAGGAUCAAUCUCUAAAGUGUGUAGAGUUUACAGGUGUUCACUGUGGAGAAUGAAAAGAAUUCAUGAACAGGUGAGUGAGGCUGAUCGCUGCUGCUUGACAGAAACCGCAGGUUAUUCUCAUCAGGAACAGGAGAAGAUUGGAUCGUGUUUCUUCAUACCCUAGCUCCCAUUCUGUAAUCCAUAAUCCCUCUUUGUCAGAUUAAAAGUCUUUCUUACAGUUAUUGAUUAUAAAACUUCCAGAUAGAAUCAUUCUGUGUUUGUGAAGGACACAGACCUGAGCGUAGUCUCACUCAGGUUCUGUAAAGCCCUAAAAAGCACUUUGCUGUGGAUCACGUCUGAACAAAUCAGAGCCUUGGCUUUAUAUUUUUAUAUUUCCUGCUGACUGUUUGGUUGUCUGCAGUUAUGAAUUUUCCUGACCAUUUCUGGCACUUCUUAACCUUAAAAGAUGUUCAAAACCAGCCAUGUCAUCCUGCCGUCUUGGCUGUGUGAUGGCUCAUAGAUGAUGAGGUGCCCUGGGCUUUAAAUGAGGCCUGUCACUUUUACAACUGACCUUGAGCUGGGAUUUAUGUCAGAUUAUGUUCUGAGGAGUCCCAUUCCCAAGAUUCACUGUCACUUUGUGCUCCACCAUUGGUUUACGUAAAAAAAAACUAUUAGCAACCUGGACAGGAUGCUCUCAUGAGAAGAUGCAGCCUGAGUCUGUCCUCAGUGUAAAGACUGAUUUAGUGUCAGCAAUUGUGUCCGUUCUCUGAUUGUUCUCUGGUGUAUGAGACAAAUCCGCUGUUUCCUUUGUUUUUCCCAGUAUUGAUCUGGAAGUAGUUCCCCUGAUACCAGUCCACAACACUGAGACAGUCUGUGCACAACUUCUCUGUUCCAGAACUUCUUCAUUGCAUACACGCUGUAGAGGCUGAUGGGAAAGGAGCCAGGAUGCUUGAUGCAGAUGAAGGUCACACGGCACACCGGCUGGUAACCCAGGAUCCAUGUUGUGUUUCCUUGGCACCAGCUGGAUGUUGUUAAAAAGAUUGGAGGACAUGAUUCUCAUCGUGUCACCAGGGUUCUCCAGAGACCAACCAUGAUGGAGGGGCUUCUUGCUAGUGAAUAAUUUAUCAUUUGAAAAGUACUUCUAAAGUUUCUUGAAGUUUCUCUAAAGUUUAAUUUGUUUUUGAACAGAAACCUGUCAAACACACUGAAGCAUGAAUUAAAUCACCUUCAUGCAGCAUUUUUAACACUGUAAAGUCUUGUUUCUGUGAAAGUGCAGAGUUGUAUUAAUCUGCUUGUACAUUGUCAGUUACCCAUGUUCUUUUAGAUGAGGUAAAACUGUACCCUGCCUCCCCUAUGUAUUCUUCCAGCAGAGAGUCCUCAUGACUUCAGUUCUGAUGAAACCUGCAAAGUCUCACACAUUAAUAAUUACAACUGUCACACAAGGACAUCUGUUUGCUAAGGCUGCAUCAGCACUUCCACAGGCCGCUGAUGCAGACAGUGAUUGGUGGUGACUCUGCACUUUUUCACCCAGCAGCUACUUUCUUUGUGUUUCUCUCAGCCCUUUCUGAUUCAUGUGUUAACAUGUAGGACUUUUUUAGGGUCUAAUAACCUCACAUAAACAGUUUUUCAGGAUUACUUUUUCAUCCACUGCUAUGCUGAUCACCUGCCCUUUUAUCUGCCCAUGAAAAAGUAACACAAACUCCGCCUUUCACCAAACUGUCUUUGUUUGCAUGAAAGAAAAACUGAAUGUUUUAUUUUGGAACCACAGCCAUACAAUUUAUUUCAAUUGACAAGAACUUGAUGUUUGAUCAACGACAGGAUCAGAAUUUGAUAUUUUCUUUCAGUGUUCAAUGUUUGCCACGUUUGACAGAACAUGGCAAACAUUUUAGAAUGAAUGUGUCAAGAACUUUUUCAGAUUUUUAGUGUUAGAUCUUCUGUACAAAAAUAUUACUAAAACAGUAAAACUGAGAAUGAGUCCAUAUCAAUGUGUGCACCUUGAGUAUUAUACUGUUAAAAUAACUCAGUGAAACACUGUUGUUAAAGCUUACCACUGGAUCACCAGUGUCGACAGGACUCCAGAGGAGAUUUUGGCUAAAUAUGAUGGAAAUAAUCUGGUCUCAUUAUUAAGAAUCAAGAUAUUUACUUGCCGGCUUAUUUAAAAGGUGAGCAUAAGAGGAAGUCACCGUGGAGACAUGCAGGGCAGGAGACUUUAGACUUUUUCUUCAAUUGAUCAAUGCAUUGGACAAAUACUGUGGAUCAGGUAACAGUCCACUUCCCCUUUGAAAGGAAUCAGAAUGUCAUAGCAUAGCUCAGACCUGUAAACUUAAAAAGAACUAACAAAGAAAAGAAAGCUGACUUUUCUGAAAGCCGCCCCAGUAAAGAUCCCAUGGGGAGUCUGAGAAACUCUGAAUGAUCUUCAACAAAAACAUCGUUUUUAUCUUCUGAGACAAAAACUGCCCCAAACCUCCCUUUGGACUGGCUACAUGAAAUGUUUUCAUUCUUCAAAUGGUACCCACUUUUUCUGUCCCUGUUAUAGAUCCUGGAUUUGCAAGCCAUGUUUCGACGGUUCCAGGUUUAAAAGUUCCACUUCCGGCAUCAUGGGGAAUCAAGGGCUGAAGACACAGACUUGAAGAUUGAUGGAGGGCCAUGCUAUUCAAACAGCAGGCACUGCUGAGACAGAAGCUCUUCGUACUGGGCAGUCUUGCUAUUGGAAGUGUUCUCUACUUGGUGGCUCGGGUCGGGACUUUGGAUAGGCUGCAGCCCAUUUGCCCAAUUGAGAGCAAAUUUUCCACCCCUGAACCGGAGCAGAUUCCUCUCCGCACACUGCAGUUUAAGCGUGGCAUGCUCCAUGAACUCCAAAGGAGCAAUGUCACCAAAGAGCAAAUUCGCCCACACACCUUGGUUCAGCAGCUGCCUCGAGCCAUCAUCAUAGGGGUUCGUAAAGGAGGAACUCGCGCGUUGCUGGAAAUGCUUAACUUGCAUCCUGCGGUGGUCAAAGCCUCACAGGAGAUACACUUCUUUGAUAACGACAAAAACUAUGCCCGUGGAAUCGAGUGGUACAGAGAAAAAAUGCCCUUCUCCUUCCCCCAUCAGAUCACCAUUGAGAAAAGUCCUGCGUAUUUCAUCACAGAGGAAGUUCCUGAACGCAUCUUUAAGAUGAACUCAUCCAUCAAGCUGCUGAUCAUCGUCAGGGAGCCCAUCACUAGAGCUGUGUCUGAUUAUACGCAGGUGCUGGAGGGAAAAGAGCGCAAAAACAAAACUUACCACAAGUUUGAAAAAUUAGCUGUUAAUUCCAACACUUGUGAGGUGAACACAAAGUACAAAGCUGUCCGGACCAGCAUUUACACCAAACACUUGGAGCGCUGGCUGAAGUAUUUCCCGGUGGAACAGUUCCACAUUGUUGAUGGAGAUCGCCUCAUAACAGACCCACUGCCCGAGCUGCAGCUUGUUGAGCACUUCCUUAACCUCCCAUCCAGGAUCAGCCAGUAUAACCUGUACUUCAACGUCACCAGAGGAUUUUACUGUCUGCGGUUCAACUUUGUCUUCAGCAAGUGCCUAGCAGGCAGCAAGGGUCGCAUUCAUCCUGACGUGGACUCAGCCGUGGUGACAAAACUGCAGAAGUUCUUUCAUCCCUUCAAUCAAAAAUUUUACCAGAUUACUGGAAGGACAUUCAGCUGGCCAUGAUGAAUCAGUCAAAUGUCUUUAAUGAGAUUCCUUAGGGGGAUUUUUGUCUAAUUUAUUCCAAUUUAGAAUUGCACCUUAUUGAAAAAAAAAGUUCCUAAAGUGAAACUGUUUCACUGAAGAGAACAUAAUAAUGUUUCAAUGUUCCAACAUAAGUGAAAAAAAGAAAGAAAAAGCUAAAAGCCCUCAUUUAUGAAGAUCUAGAAAAAAAAAACGGUUUGUGUGACUGAAUUUUUUAGGAAAUCUGACAGCCAUUUGACCUGCUGUAAUUAGCUUUAAGAUCGAUUCUUUUGUCAGAUAACGCAUCACAGAAUGGUGAAAUGAAUGAAUGAAUGAAUGAAUGAAUUAAUGAAUUCUUGUAUUAAUAUAAUCUAAACCAAGGGUGGGCAAACUUCUAAACUUGUGGACUCUAAAACUUGACAGAAGGGCCGGACCAGAAAUAGACGUGUUACUUGUUUUAGUAAUCCAGCUCAUAAGAGAGGAAUCUGGAUAAAAAGCUGGCCUUAAUUUGAUUGAAAAUCACUUUUAAACAGAAACGUUUUGAGUUUGUAUUUCAAAAUUUGUGGCUUUUGCUCUCAUUUUAGACCCAAGUUUUUAUGGGUUGAUGUGCAAAUGAAAACUUACAGAAAUCCGGUGUUCAUGUGGUGUUUGAAUGAUCGGAAAAAUGUCUGUACGACUUGAAAAACACACACGAACGUCAGAAAAACAACAAAUCUUUCAACACCGCAUGAAAGCAGAAUAACUUUCUGCACCUAUAGAUAAAGUUCAAUGUAUUUGUUAUGUACUAUCUUGGACACACCAGAAUAACAGGGAACAUAAAACAUUAUUAAACAAUAUACAGUAUAUCUAAUUUAUUCCAGUUUAGCAGGUCAGACUGAAUAGUUAAGCUUGCCGUAUGUGGCCCCCAGGCUGCAGUUUGCCCGCCCCUGAUCUGAACUGUAUGUCCUACCCAUGACGUCCUGAUGUCAUGAUGUCAUAACUGACUGUUGCAUAUGUUCUGUUGGUUCAUGGUCUUCAAUCAAAGCAUUUUUAAAUACAUUUGUUAAACAAUAAUCUUAUUUUAUUAUUAUUUGUCUAAAGGGCUUUAGAGCUUCAUGAGCAAAGAUCCAGAGUUUGUGCUCUGAGUCUUACUGCACCUUCGACACUUUGUGGGGAUUAAACUGAGGCUUGCUGCUCUUAAAAAAUGCUGCAAGAAGCCGAGAAGAAAAACCGAAGCUGUCCUUUGACUUCUGUCAGACAACUUUUACUCUGUGUCCAUGUUCAGUUAUUUGCUGUAAUACAUGUGUUGUUAAAAAAGUAAAUUAAAGAACAUAAAAACUUU